GGAAUAAAUUUUUUUGUAGUAGAAGUAUUAUUUUAGACUCUUUUUGAUCCUUCUUCACGAUGAAAAUCUCCAAAGCAAUUCUUCUUGUCGCUUUGCUCCUAACAUUUGGGGCGUUCUCGACUACUUCGUUUGGAGUGUUUGUGUCUGCAGAGAAGGGCUCUCCUUCUGAUUCAGAGGUCCACGUCGAGACAGAAGAUGAGGUGAUCGAAGAAGGACAACCGGAACCGGGAACUCCAAACGACUACGCUAAAUCGACUGAAGCCACCGCAACUGGUACUGUUGGACCCGCGCCAGAUGUAGAAAUGAGCUACAUUCUCGUUGACGAAUCUGACGAGGAGCUUCCAGCGGGAAAAGUUAUCACUUGUCUCAUAUCAUUCCGCAACACAGGGGAGACGAAACAGAGCUACAAAGUCGGAACAAUCGACGCCUCUCUCCGCUACCCUAUGGACUUCUCUUACUACCUACAGAAUUACACGGCCAAGCUACUCAACCGAAGUGUAGACGCCCAACGGGAGGUCACGUUCUCGUACGUCUUCAAGACUUCGGAGCGCUUCGCCGGCCGACCGUUCGGGUUCGUGAUUGAAGCUAACUAUUACGACGAGGUUGACAGUCCCUUUGUUCACACCGUGUUCAACAAAACUGUUAAUUUUGUCGAAGUCGACGAUGUCUUCGACGCAGAGGCCAUUAUGUUGUAUGUGUUGUUUGGCGCCAUUGUGGUGCUAGUUGUUGUUAUUGUUUACUACUACGGCUUCGGAGGAGCAGGAUCGAACAAGCAGGCUGGGGGAGGGAAGAGGAACAAAGGGGGAGUGGUGGAGACGGGAACUGCGCACAAAAACGGCUCCGUAGUGGACGAGUGGCUCCCCGCACAUGCAAGGAAGUCCCCAAAAGUCGCAACUCCCAAGUCGAAGAAAUCAAAGAAGGAGAACUGAAGAUGUGCCAUCGAGAUCGAGGAGAAAGGGGGGCUGUGAUUUAUGCUUAAAGGACUAUAUGUUAAGACCGGUGUAAAAUCGUGGUGUAUAUUUGAAGAAUUAUCAUUUCGUUGCUAAAUUGUGUAUUAAUUAUCGCCGAGUUCGAGAUAUUUUUGUGUUGCUGAAGUUGCAUUAUCGAAGUUUUUUGAACGGUUGAAGAUCUAAACAAGGAUUGCUGGUAACAGCCGCUCCCAAAUUGGAAGCUUAGGCAAUGGAAACUGAAAUCUUUUUAAGUUUGCCUGAAAGUUUGCAGUCAUUGUCAAAGUUAUAAACAAAGCUUCAAGAAAUUUAUUGAGAAUGUAUGUUUCGGAAGCCUUAUGAUUCUCUGUAUUCGUUCGAUUUUGGUUAGAGAUAGCCUUUGAAAUCGACCUGAACUACAUUGCAAUGGGCAAGCUUGAUUGAAUGACUUGCUCAAAUAGCCAGAUGGUAUAAUUGACUCGAGGAUUGGGCUGUUAGCAUGUGUGUUGAUUUACGUACAUAUGCAUAAGGUUUUAUUUCAACGAAUAUUUAAUAAGCCCAAAAAAACCUUUAAUUUCUCUGACAUUUCAGGUCAUCAAAAGUUUGAAAUAUAAGUCAAAAGUAAAUUUUGUAUAGACUUAUUGAAAAUCGGAGUGAAGCUGUUUCCUCUUAUGCUAAUAGGUGAACAUGCUUAUCGCUACGCCCUCAGUUGGUUCAUUUGCAAGUCGCUUAAUGCAGUUAUGCCCACAAGAAGUUCUGCUUAUCGCCGUAAACUGCGCUUCGUGUAUUUAUUGUACGAUAUCUAAUAGUGGUUGGACAGGUACUGUUGAUUUUGAUAACAUAAAUUAUAUAUUUCAUGUCAUAUAUUAAAUAUUCUGUGCUUAAAGCUGUUCUGAAUUGCGAAUCAUUUGAAUAAUGAGAAAGAAAUCAGCAGCUAAGUCUGGUUAAUAGAUAUUAAUGCAUCUGUGUAAAAUGACUUUUAUUGUGCUUUUUUGCAAAUGUUUUCAUGAACAAUUAUUGUGAGGGGAAUUCAAAGUUUGACUACCA